GCUUCCAAGCUUGUCAUCUACUCUCCAACGAUACAACAUGAAGUGCAUCGCAGCCGUCGUUUUGCUCGCCCUUGUCGGCGUAGCUCUGGCGAAACCCCUCGAGACCGAGUCGAUCGAGCCGGCGAAGACGGAAUCGCUGGCGGUGGAAGCUGAAAAUGCGGCGAGGAACAAACGAGGGUUGCUGUUGGGUGCCGCGUACACCGCCCCCGUAGCCUACAGCGCCUACACAGCCCCUGUCGCCUAUACCGCCGCAGCCGCCUACAGUUAUCCCUACGCAGCCUACUCCAGCUACCCGUAUUACGCCGGAGCUUACUCCUCGCCCUACUACGUUCUGUAAACCUGUCUACAUCGACUGGCAUCCCCCACCAUCUUUAUCAACGACCGGACAACCCACCUAAGCACCGACGACUGCCACCGAUCUCGACCGAGCUCCGCCGCGAGCUCUACAAAAUUCGAGAUCGUGAUGCACGAUUGCAACACCACCGGAAGGAUGCUCGCACCGUUUCUUAUACAAUCAAACACGACA